CAGCUGGGACAGCUUCUACUCAGCCUCUCAAGAUCCGUAUCUGUUCCUGCGCUUAGGGAAGUUUCCCUACACCUCUCACACCACCCAGGGGAGGAUGGGCCAGAGGACAGCUCUUCACUCCACCAGACUCCUUGAGGGACUCCUUCCAGGGAGGCCUGAGCUGGACGUCCCGAGAUGAAGGUCAUCACCUCCGCUCUGGUGUGCCUGCUGCUGGCCGGGGCAUGGCUACAGGAUGUGGAUGCCAAGAGCAUGCAUGUGCCAUCCUCCAAGUGUUGUUUCACACUGGUGGAGAGAAAGAUGUCCCUGCAGAGCAUCCAGUGUUACAAGAACACCAGCUCCACCUGCUCCUACAAAAACCAUCUAAUAUUGAAGCUGAACGGAGGCCGAGAGGCCUGUGUCUCACAGACAAAAUCGUGGGUUCGGGCUUAUUUAAAAAGGAUAAACCCCUGCCAGUGAAAGGAAAUAUGAGCUGAUUCCUUUCCAUCCUGGACUCUGGACACCGUGUGGCUUUACCUGUC